UUGAUCAGUUCUGAACAAACAAUAGGCCCGGGUCCAGGAUGAACUCCUACUUAGACUACCCCGUGUGCAACCGAGGAGCGAAUAUCUUCGGUGCCAAGGCCGGAUACCACAAUUUAAAUCAUGGAUACAUGUCGUCCAACUCGUGCGCAACAAGUGAUAGUUACGCACCGGACGGGCGUUUAGUCCCUGCAACUUCUGCGCCGCACCAGAGCCCGAGCCUCCCCCUGCACCACCAGACACACGUCAACCUGGACGUGCAGUUUCAGAACUCCAUGUAUGGGUCACCUCUGGAGUACGGACACCACCAGUACGGCCUCGCACCGGAACAGGACCGCAGCUACAUCCAUGCGCAAGUUUCUCCUCUUGCAACAAACAUGGCUCCCUACACCGGCGACAGUUGUGGGCCUGGAGUUCCUACCGGCAGCCAGUAUCUGCACUUUGGCAACGGGGACCAGAGGCUGCAAGAGUACCCAGAGAGUGUUUACACGAGGUUACCGGUCAAGGACAAGGAUUUGGAGCAUGUAGAGGAAACUUCCAAAACAUUCGACUGGAUGAAAGUGAAGAGGAAUCCGCCUAAAACAGCAGUCCUCUCGGAGUUCGGGGUUCCCGGUCAGCACAACGUGAUCCGAACCAACUUCACCACCAAGCAGCUGACGGAGCUGGAGAAGGAGUUCCACUUCAACAAAUACCUGACGCGGGCGCGCAGGGUGGAGGUCGCCGCCAGUCUGGAGCUGAACGAGACGCAGGUGAAAAUCUGGUUUCAGAACCGCAGGAUGAAGCAGAAGAAACGCGAGAAACUGGGCUGCGUUUUGGCGCCGGCACCUGUGGAGAAACUCUGCGGCCCUGACACCUCUCCAAAGGCGAAGGGGAAAGACUGUGAACCGUGAUGUGACUUCGUUAAAAGAGGGCCUGAGCUGCUCCCCUCUCCCCCCCCAGUCGCACCAUUCCUUAAAAACUGUGAAAAAUGCAUGUGGACUUGUGAAGUUGAUACAGGGUAUGUUUGUGUGUGCUUAUGUGCUGAUUAUGGUGCACUGAUCUUGAAUUGGAUGCUGAGAAACUUUAAACAAAAAUGUCUUUUUCCUUCUGAAGCCCAUGCUGUGUUUUGUAUUGGAGCACUGAAGUACUCAGUGUCAUUGUUUGCACUAUUUAUUUACAGGGUAUUUUCCAACAACCAUUGAGAUGAUUUAGCUUAAUAAAGUUUAUAAAAUUGAAAAAGCGUGUUGUAUUUGCCGUUAAUGUAAAAAGAAAAUGUUUAGAUUGAUAAAUCCAUGUUAAGUCCAAUCAGACUCGUACUUUUUUUUUUUUACAGAAAUUGCUUUCUUCGACGAAGUCUUUUCCUCCUAUUUUUGAGAAAUAUGUGUAUAUAAUAAAUUUUUCUAAAUAUGAAUGUUUGAAAAAUUCUUUUUCUAUUACUUACCUCCAUUAAUAGUCUUACCAAAGGCCCCUUGCAUAAUGUGACAAGAGGAAUCUUUCACAACACAUGGGGUGGUUCCCAGUGACCUUUUCACCUCCAAAUACCUCCAGGGGCUCUAAACAUGACAAC